AAACAAAAGACAUGUAAACAUUUGAUUUGCUUUCACUGCUCAAUAAGAAGAAACACAUUAACAAUAAUCAGACUGCAGUUUGUUAAUUUAUUACUUUGGCUGAAUUAUGAUAAACUGCCUUAUUAGCAAAACUGCUACACUGCUUUCAUAGACUUCAGCUUUUUUUGUCAAACAUCUCAUUUAUAUUUAGCUCUUUAACUUUUAGUUAAUUAGAGUUUGAAACGGGAGGGAGGAGCUGAGGAAGUGGACCAGCUCAGAGUGGGAGCCCAGAACAGAUAGAAAAAAACUAAAAGUUAUAACUUUAUUUCUCACUCUCUUCAACGUAGAGCCUGUAAAACCACAAAAUAAAAUCGGAAUAUUUUUCCAUAUAAAGCACAGUGAUUUAAGUGUUAGUUUAACUUAUAUUCCCCAGAUAUUCAUUUCUAUCUACUUUUUAGUUCUCAUCCAUCCAGGAUAUGGCAAAACUAAAAAAGGGUUAAAAAUAAAGCAACUUAACAAGUUAUAAUUUCAAUAUCCCAUAACUUGUAUUGGGAGAGAUUUCAAUUAAUCAAUGUUUAUGAUGAAUAUUAUUAAGAGCAGUUACUCAUUAAAGCUUUUUUAUUUAGAGCCUUAAAUGUUUGUAAAGGUGAAGCAGAGAUUAGAUCAGACUGAACAAAACUUGAAUAAAAGCAACAUUUGAAUUUUAGUUUUACUUCUCAAUAAUUUGCUUACUGAGAAUAAAACAUGUUUGUGCAUUAUCAGUCAUUUUUGUUCCUGCAACUUGAAUGUGGUUUAAAAAGUUUUUGAACCACAUUUUACUUUACAUUUCUAUGCAACUUUGCCGACCCCAAAAAAUUGCUCUUAAGAAACUUUCCUGCUUAUGUUUCCCCCAAUAAUGAGAUGAGAUUUACGCCCUUGACCACAUAUUGGGAUUUAUAAAGGAAAGGUGAGCAGGUAUUUUUUUGUGCGUUGCACGUUUCUAAAUUUGUCCGUACGCCAAGUUUUAGUGUGAAAACAGCUCAGUGUUUGAUACAUGAGGCCCCUGGUCCAAAAAUAACAACUUCUGUUUAAUCAGAAUUUAAAAGCAGAACGUUUGGAGUCAUCCAGGUUCACCUGGUGGAUUAGAUUCAUCAGGUUUAUGGAUAGAUGCAGCUGAAUAUUAUCAGCAUAACACUGAACGUUUAUCCCAUCCUGCCUGGUCAUUUGGAAGCAGGUUAGAGAACUGGUCUGAACACGCAGCCCUGUGGUGCUCCACUGACAGCCCUGGAGUCUGAAGAAGAUUCAUCAUUAACAUGAACAAACUACAAGAGUCCAACCUUGUUUCUGAGAACUGAGGCCAGGUUCUGGCCGAAGAACCAGCAGGUCCAGACCUUCAAUGCAUCGUCUGAAUCUAAACUCUGUUUAGUUAUUACACUGAUGAGAUGAUGGCAGUUUUCCAGCUUCAGCCCUGAAGAACAGUGACGCAUUAGUGAAAGAAUCUCCUACCUCUCCAGAUUCACUCAGACUUUAGAAACUGGGUCCAAAACUUUAGUAAGUUUAUAGCCUUUAAAGUUUUUUAAUAUCUUUAAUGACAGUUAGCAAACCGAUUUGACAUCCGUCUGAUUUUAACUGAACUCUGUUGUUCUCUGGACGGGGCUCCAGCUCUGGGCGUUGUGUCCUGUUCCUGGCCUCUUAAGGUGUAAUCUGAGCCCCUGCUCUGUCCGGUUCUGUCCUUCAGCUGCUCUGUAAUCCUGUUAGCUCUGUAAUCCUCCCACUGCGCUCACAUUCCUUAAAGUCUUUCCUCACCGCGGCUCUGUGGGAUGCUGCUGGGACCCAACUGAACUGCUCAGGUAGGACAGGAUACCCGAAAGAUCUGACCUGCACCCCAAACACCAACCACUAAACUUACUCGUCCUCUAGACCUCACCCAACUGCCGGACCUUCUCCUACACACCCCAAAGUCCAUCCCAACCAUCAGACCUACUCCUCUAGACCCCCAAAGGCCAAACGUCCUCCUCUAGACUCUGCAACCCUCUGAUCUAGUCCUGAAAACCCUCCGAAGACCAGACCUUCUCCUCUGAAGCAGUGGUUCCCAGCCCUGGUCCUCAGGACCAACUGUCCUGCAUGUCUUAGGUUUCUCCUGGCUGCCACACACCUGGACUAAAUGAAUGGGUGAUCAACAGGAUGGGUUCCCAGAGAACCAGGGUGGGAACCACUGCUGGAAUAGUCCUUUCCCCAAACUUUUACCUCCUGGUUGUUUACUUUCAUUUUGAACCAUGGACCGAGUCACAAGCCUCUUACAGAACUCACUUGGAGCGGAUUAAUCGGCUGUUUGUUGACCAACCUACCGACUGAGCAGGUAAACAGACUGACCACUUCUCUCUGGCUAACUCGGCUCACUGACUGCCCUGUUCAGUUCUGGACCAGUUCAGAACCAGACCGAGUCACAGGUUGUAUGUCGACCCACAAUGACCCAACGAACAGAAAGACUCGGCAAGAGACAAGGCAGCCAACUUCACGGCUGGCUAAACGGAUAACACACACUGGGGAGUGAAAGUGACAAACUGGGCACCAGUUUAAAUGUUUGUAUUGGUGUCCAGUGGCCUCCUGGGGAGGAUUAGGGUCGAGACCAGUCAGUUCUGAUUGGGUCUGACACUCAGCCGAACGAGAUCCAAACACCAUUAAGCACAGAACAGGGAAGCCUGGAGGAGAUCAGGCUAAUUAUUCAGAGUUUCCAUCUGUUUCCGGACCUGGAUUCACUUCCAGCCGAGUUACUCCCUGAACUGGAUCCCAACAGGACUCACACCACGGUCCCCAUCAGAACCAACAACAGAACCAACUUUCCUUUCAAGGGAAUGUCUAAAACAUGCAAGACAAAGACUCCUAAGGACCAAAGACUGAGACCCAUACAGGACACCGGGUCCCAUGAAAACCAGAGCUAGAGAGGUAUUCAAGACACCUGCUCCACAAGAACCAACAUUUAGAGACCCAUACGGGUCGAUGUUACCUUUAGUCCAGAGACUGAGACCCAUAUGGGACACCAGGUCUUUUAACAGCCACAGUUUGAGACCCAUACGGGCCAACGUUACCUCUGGUCCAGAGUUGACAGCUCCACACAGGAGGCAACGUCGCUCCCUCUGAGUCUUGCCUGUUCAGGCGACACCCCAGUGACCGGACAAAUUCAUGCAUGUGAAAUUUCCAGCUAAUCAUUUAGAUGCGGCCAUGGGCGUUAGCGGCGCAACAUAAACGAUCACUAUUGCUUCCUGGGUUUCACCCUGAGACUUUCGCCUGUGGCUUGUUGCUCACCGCGUGUCGAUGAACAAGUCACCAGAUCUUCUAACGACCAGCUAUCGACUCGUAUCGGUCGGGUGACGGCUCUUCGUCUCUUCCAGGAUGUUGAGCUGGGUGGUUAAAGUCGUCCCCCAGCCGCCUGAACUUCCAUCCAAAAACACUGAAGAUGCCAAGGAAGGAAAACCAGAAGCGGCCCCGCCCCCUGCGGUGGCCCCGCCCACUGCACCAGAGAAGAAGGUGACGUUUGAAGAUGAGUGCAAGAAGGACGCUGACAAACUGAAUCAGGACGUUGAAGCAGGGAACGGUCCGGGUCCAGGCAUGCUGACCUGGAUCAGCAGCGCUCUCCCUCUGCCGGCACCGCCGGCCAACCAGAACCGGGCCUACUCCGCCGCCAAGGAGGAAGCAGCAGCCAGGAAGGGGAUGAUGGCCUGGAUCUCUCAGGGUUUGGAGAAAGUUGUUCCUCAGCCCGAACUGAGGAGCAGAGAGUCUCCGGCGGCCGAGCAGCAGCUUCAGGUGCAGCAGGCAGCAGCUCCAACAGAUGCUCAGAGAGCCGGGAAGGAGCUGGAGCCGGUGGACCAGACCGCUCCACCCAGCAUGAUGGACUGGUUCAAACACGGCAUCGUGAAGGUGGUUCCUCAGCCGGAGAACCUCCCAAAGACUGAAGGAACCAGCAAGUCUGAAGCUCCGUCCAAAGCGCCCCCUGCAGUUCCUCCUCCGGCCACCAGACCCACUCCGGAGACAGAACCUGCAAAGGAAGCAGAGCAACAGCCGAACGUGGUGGGUUGGAUCGUCAGUGGGAUCGGCCGCAUGCUGCCGCAGCCCGUCCCCAGGCCGGAAACAGGAAGUGAUGACAUGCAGAACAUCAGCGGCGCUCAGAAGAUGAGUGACUUGGUGCUGGAGGACCUGGAGGACCUGGAGGAGGCGCAGCAGGAGGCGCCGACUGUGAAGGAGGCGGACGUUGCGGAGCCGCUGACUCCGAUGGACGGCGUGAAGAAGGAAGCAGGCGACGGCGCUCACAUGGAGGAAAGGCUGCAGCGGCUGGAGGCGGCCCGCGUUGCCGAGGAGAUGGCCCGGCAGGCGGCGGCAGAGGCGGUCCGGCAGCUGGAGGUGGAGCGUUCGGCCAAGAUCGUCAUAGAAACGCUGCCGGAGUCCAACGACCAGCUGCCCAACAUCCUGGAGGAGGAGAACGAGGACGAACCGGAGUGUCUGGUGGACGUCUGCCCAGCUGAAGACGAUCCUGAAGCUGCAGCUGAAGAGAGGCAGGUGGAGUCUCUGGCCCCGCCGACUGCACCUGAGCCAGAAGACCAGGUGACUCCUUCGUCCACUGAUGUGGAGCCGGCGUCAGAGAGGAGAGAUCUGGAGAGUCCCAUAACCCAACAACCAGAACCGCACUUUGAAGAGGCCCCUACCCACACUGCAGAGCAGAGCGAAGCAGCAGCAGGAGAAGAAGAAGAGGCAGGAGGAUCUGGAGGAAGCUGCAGGAACGCUGACGCUCCGGCGCUGAUGCUGCAGGCUGCAGGUCCGGACGAGCUGCACGGACUCAACCUGAGCAUCCCGCAGAUAAUCACAACCCCAGAACCGGAGCCCAGCACGCUGAUGCUGCCUCAGCUCAGAGCUGACCCGACGGCAGGCGAGGAGGACGAGGAGCUGCUGAAGGCCCGGUCCAGUCAGGGAGACGAUGAGAUGCGGCCGCAGUCCGCCGCCAGCGUGGCCAGCGUCACGGUCCAGGAGCGCCUCAACCAGCUGGUCGGGCUCUUCAAGGGCCGGACGGAGCGGCACAAAGACCGCCUGGCGGAUCCCGACGAGUCCGAGGAGGAGAGCCCCACUGCCUCUCCUGCCAAAGCUCCGCCGGCUCCUCCGCCGCCUCCGCCUGGACAGGAGAAGAAGGACGAACCCGAACCACCGCAGGAGGCGGGUCUGUUCCAGUUUGAACUCCUGGGACAUCCGGUCCAGCUCCCCAAACUUCCCCCGAUGCCCGACUGGCUGCGGUCCAUCCUGGAAUACCGCUUCCCGUCCAGCAUCGAUCCGUUCACUGACCUCAUCUAUGUGAUCUGGCUGUUCUUCGUGGUGGCGGCCUGGAACUGGAACGUGUGGCUGAUCCCGGUGCGCUGGGCGUUCCCCUACCAGACGCCGGACAACAUCCACCUGUGGCUGCUGGCCGAUUACACCUGCGACUUCAUCUACAUCGCAGACAUCCUGGUCUUCCAGCCGCGGCUGCAGUUCGUCCGCGGCGGAGACAUCGUGUGUGACAAGAAGGACAUGAGGGAGCAUUACAUGACCACCGAGCGGUUCAAGAUGGACGUCAUCAGCCUGUUCCCCAUGGAGAUAUUUUACUACUUCACAGGAGUGAACUCCCUGCUGCGCUUCCCCCGCCUGCUGAAGUACAUGGUGUUCUUUGAGUUUAACGACCGGAUGGAGGCCGUGAUGAAGAAGGCCUACAUCUACAGGGUGAUCCGGACCUCCACCUACCUGCUCUACUCGCUGCACAUCAACGCCUGUCUCUUCUACUGGGGCUCCGACUACGAGGGUCUGGGAUCCACCAAGUGGGUCUACGACGGGAAAGGCAACGCUUACAUCCGAUGUUACUACUUUGCUGUGAAGACACUGAUCACCAUCGGAGGACUGCCAGACCCCACCACCGUCUUUGAGAUCUGCUUCCAGCUCAUCAACUACUUUGUGGGCGUGUUUGCGUUCUCCAUCAUGAUCGGCCAGAUGAGGGAUGUGGUGGGAGCAGCGACUGCAGGAGAGAACUACUACCGGGCCUGCAUGGACAGCACCGUCAAGUACAUGAACUCCUACAGCAUUCCCCGGGAAGUCCAGAACCGGAUCAAGACUUGGUACGACUACACCUGGAAGAGCCAGGGCAUGCUGGAUGAACAGGAACUCCUGAUUCAACUUCCUGCUAAGAUGAGGAUGGACAUCGCCGUAGACGUCAACUACACCAUCGUCAGCAAAGUGGCCCUGUUUCAGGGCUGUGACAGGCAGAUGGUGUUCGACCUGCUGACCAGGCUGAAGUCUGUCGUUUACCUGCCGGGAGACUUCGUGUGUAAAAAGGGGGAGAUCGGACGGGAGAUGUACAUCAUCAAGCAGGGGGAGGUCCAGGUGGUGGGCGGGCCGGACCUGGAGACUGUGUUCGUCACCAUCAGAGCCGGUUCCGUGUUCGGAGAGAUCAGCCUGCUGGCGGGGGGCGGAGGGAACCGGCGCACCGCCAACGUGAAGGCGCACGGCUUCGCCAACCUGUUCAUCCUGGACAAGAAGGACCUGGCAGAGAUCCUGGUCCACUACCCCGAGUCCCAGAAGCUGCUGCGCAAGAAGGCCAAGACGAUGCUGACCAAAGACAAGAAGCCGGAGGAGAAGGAGACGCGCAAGGAGGCGGCCGAGGUCAUCCCCCCCCGACCCGACACCCCCAAACUGUUCAAGGCCGCCCUGAAGGUCACGGAGCGCGCCGGCAUCGAGGGAACAUUCGCCAAGAUGAAGAAGGUUUACCAACCGGCUGAGGGCCAAACGGAGGCUCCGCCCCCCAUCUCUCCGGUGCCGCCCCCUUCUCCGAUGCACCGCCGCUCUCCAGUCCCGCGCUCGGCUCUGGAGGACAGGGACGAGUCGGUGGCAGAGACGGCGGACAGCUCCGUCAUCAUCAGGAUGACACCGCGGCAGGAAGGGGAGGAGCUUCUGACGGUGGAGGUGCUGGAGGAAGGAGCAAAGAGGGAGGAGGAGGAGGGAUGAGGAAGCUGCAGUACCGCCAUCGGCCACAUGGGUAGCUAACGGCCUCAGAGGGGGCGCUGUUUCCCCAGGAGAGGAAACGUUGAAAUAACAGACUCAGUUUCCCAGAGUUAAUAGCUUUUGUUCUGCAGUCUGCCUCUGAACUGAAGCUUUUAGAUGCAGUCUGGUGUUUAUUAGCGAGGAUGAGGAGCAGGCGAUGAAGAGUUAAUGAUGAAGAGCAGCGUUGCUUCUGAAUCGAUGACGAUGGACUGAAAGAUCUGCGGCUCCAACACAGACAACAAUCAUCCUGAAAAUGUUUUCUAGUUUUAUUUUGCUCAGAAAUAUAUUUUUAAAAUGUG